CUUAUGUUUUGGUGUUGUGAACUUAAUUAGUUUUAUUAUUAUUUUCAGUAGUCAUGUCCACUGAAAAUUCAUCUAUUCCUCAAAAUACAUACACCUCAAGUAAUGCAGUUGGUGAAAAUAUUGAAACAAAUAUUGAGGUGAAUGAACAAGCUGGAGCAUUUGAAAAAAUAGGAUUACAUUCCAAUGACCAUGAUACACAACAAAAUGAAGAAACAGUUAGCCAACAAGAUUUUCAAACAAACAAGAGAAAAAAGACAUCAUGUGUGUGGGAUGAUUUUACAGUUAUUGAGCCAGAUGGAAUAAAGAAGGCAAAAUGUAACCAUUGUCAUCAACAAUUCACAUUAACUAAAUCGGGCACCACAAGUAGCUUGAAGAGGCAUCAAGCUAAAUGUGUUACAAGAAAGACAAAUUUGAAGAUGAUUGAUCAACAAAUGAAGUUAAAUUUUUUGCCAAGUGAGGGAGUUUCAUCUUCCAUUCCUCCAUUACAUCCUGGAAAGUUUGACAUGGAAUUAAUGAGGGAGUCUGCUACUCAUUGGAUCAUGAUGCAUGAACAUCCAUUUACCAUUUUAGAAGAAGUGGGAUUCAACAUUAUGAUGAAACGAGGUAUGCCCGAGUGGAAAAAAAUUAAUAGAAACACAAGCAAGGCAGAUUGUUUGAAAGUUUAUGAGCUUGAAAAGAAGAAGUUGAAGAACAGUCUUGAAUGCAUUAGUAAAGUAAGUUUGACAACAGAUUGUUGGAAAUCAAAAAAUCAAAAGAUUGAGUACAUGGUUGUCACUGGCCAUUGGAUUGAUUCUUCGUGGAGAUUGCAAAAGAGAGUUUUAAGCUUCAUCAACAUUCCACCACCGAGGGGAGUGGGGCAUUGA